AUUAAUUCGCCCUCCCGCUCCUGUCAUGGACAUCAAUCAUCAGGAUAAUCGCAAUCGACGCCUGAGUGUCGCGUCGUGCGAGAGGAUAAUCCUCUAUGUGGACGAUUUCGCUGCAGCGACCGGCCAGGAUUUGUCACCGGAAUUCUACAAUCGUACCAAGAAUGUACACGCGUCAUCCGCUGAGCCGGAUGUUCUGCGGAUGGAUUACCGUUCCAGCCUGUACCCAUCCAGUUCCCCUGUAUCCCUGUAUCCAGACAACCUGAGCUUUCAACUGGAUGAUCGUUCCGCUCUUUACCCUCCUCAUUCCGCUGAGAGAUCACCGUCUCCCAAUCCGUUGAGCUCGCAGACGAGCACUCCGAGACGUUCAAGGUGCAACUUAGAUGUUGAUCAACGUUCCAGCAGACGCUCCAGUAUCCAGUCGAGUCGCUCGAGGACGAACAGCUGCAGCAAACCGACUCCUUUAGGUAGGAGAUGUUCGGCACGUUCGCUGAUGAGAGAAUCGCUUCACACGAAAGUAUAAUUAGGAUCGGAUAAAACAUCUCGAUUGUCACGUUCUGAAAUCUGCGUAUCAUAACGUACGUGUUUGAUAGCUUCUCGCGAUAUCGAAAUAUAAUUGCUGAAGCAUCUUGUUAUAUGUACAGCUUUUUGACGUCAUUGCUCGAAUGCAUUCAAGAUGUAUAGAGAGUACGUCGCAUUUAGUCCGGGCAUCCGAAAACGAUUAUUCUGUCGAUCAAUUCCUGCGGACGUGUCAGAGAAACGCUUUAGCAUUAAUACGUAACGACGACCAUGAAACUUCAGGGGAUGAUAGAAGAGCCAGUGUUAGCAAGAAAACCAGGCCACGGAGAGCGAGCUCUACGGUUCCUCGAAGGGAUUCCGUUCGGCCUGCCAAGGC